AUGUCUUCAUCAGAGAGCAAUUCUGUUGCAUUAUUAAAUAAUUUAAUUCUUCAAAUUAAUCGAUAUUGUGCAAUAUUUAUUCUACUAUUUGGUUCUAUUGGAAAUGUUCUUAAUAUAUUAGUUUUAUCACAACGAAAUCUUCGUUCAAAUCCAUGUAUUUGGUAUUUUCUAAUCUCAUCUAUUGUCAAUCUUAUUUCAAUUAUUUUUGGUCUUAGUACACGUUUAUUAUCUGGUUGGAAUAAAGAUCUAACAGAAACAAUUGAUUGGCUAUGUAAACUUCGAGUUUUUGUUGUAUUUUGUUCUCGAACAAUUGCUUUUUGGUUAAUUAUGUUUGCAACAAUUGAUCGUUGGCUUUUAUCAUCUGUUAAUGUUCAUUUUCGACAGUUGAGUAAAUUAAAAAAUUCUCAACGAAUUACAUUCAUUGUUGUACUUAUUUCUUGUCUUAUUCAUAUUGAAAUGUUUUAUUGUUAUAAAGCAAAUUUAUUAAAUACACCAUUAAAAUGUUAUGGAAGAACAGAGUUAUGUCGUCAUUUAAAUGAUCUCAUAUAUGCAUGUAUUACUAUCUUAUUACCAAUUAUUUUCAUGUUAAUAUUUGGUUUAUGGACGAUUUCAAAUAUACAUAAAACACAACGACGUAUACGAGUAGAGAAUAAUGAAAUACGUCAUAAUAUAAGAAGAAACGAACAAUUAUUGAAAAAAAAACGUAAUCGUUCUCUUCUAAAAAUGCUUUUAGUUGAAGUUAUUCUUUUAAUUUUAUUAAUAUUUCCACAAGCCAUACAAAAAUUACAUGCAACAAUAACAAUUUAUGAAAAUAAAUCUCAAUACCAUCAAGCUAUAGACAAUUUUUCUUAUAAUUGUGUUCUUUUAUUGACUUUUAUUGCAAGUGGAAUACCAUUUUAUAUUUACACAUUAUGUGGUGGACAUGUUUUUCGAAAAGCAUUAUUCAAUAUUUUUAAAUGUCGACCGUAG